ACGCAGGCUUUAGGCAGGGUCUGCGCGAACCAAAACCCCAAGUGGGCUGGGGCGUUGCGGAUGGGGAUGGCUGCUAGCCACUGUCAAGCGCGAAGUCUAGGGCGGUAUCGAUUUGCCUCAGGGUGUAAGCCCGAGACAUAACGAUCAUUCCGGCUCUCUUCCUAGCCUGCUAAGUUUCAAUAGGUCCCCGAGAAGUGGUAGAGGAUAGAAUGGUCCUCCAGAUCCUCGCGCCCAUUCAUUUGCUACAGCGAUAGCUGAACCUACCCUAAAGGGUUCCCAGACUACCCAGAAAAAAGUGGGAAUAACUUUUUAACUUUAAUAACUUCGAUAAGCCCUGUGGUAACAGACAAUGGGUCUGGGUGCAGGGAAAAAUGACCCGUCCAUCUGGAGAGGUGGGCUGGCAGAGGAGGUGGAUGACAAAGUUCUUCAUGCUGCUUUUAUUCCUUUUGGAGACAUCACAGAUAUUCAGAUUCCUUUGGAUUAUGAAACAGAAAAGCACCGAGGUUUUGCUUUUGUUGAAUUUGAGUUGGCAGAGGAUGCUGCAGCAGCUAUCGACAACAUGAAUGAAUCUGAGCUCUUUGGACGGACAAUUCGUGUCAAUUUGGCCAAACCAAUGAGAAUUAAGGAAGGCUCUUCCAGACCAGUUUGGUCAGAUGAUGACUGGUUGAAGAAGUUUUCUGGGAAGACUCUUGAAGAGAAUAAAGAGGAGGAAGGGUCAGAACCUCCCAAGACAGAAACCCAGGAGGGAGAGCCUGUUGCAAAAAAGGCCCGGUCAAAUCCUCAGGUAUACAUGGACAUCAAGAUCGGUAACAAGCCAGCUGGCCGCAUUCAGAUGCUCCUGCGUUCAGAUGUUGUUCCCAUGACAGCAGAGAAUUUCCGUUGCCUGUGCACCCAUGAAAAGGGCUUCGGCUUCAAAGGAAGCAGCUUCCACCGCAUUAUCCCCCAGUUCAUGUGCCAGGGCGGCGAUUUCACAAACCACAAUGGCACUGGGGGCAAGUCCAUCUACGGGAAGAAGUUCGAUGAUGAAAACUUCAUCCUCAAGCACACAGGCCCAGGCCUACUGUCCAUGGCCAACUCUGGCCCAAACACCAAUGGCUCCCAGUUCUUCCUGACAUGCGACAAGACAGAUUGGCUGGAUGGCAAGCACGUGGUGUUUGGCGAGAUCACUGAGGGCCUGGAUGUCUUGCGGCAGAUUGAGGCCCAGGGCAGCAAGGACGGGAAGCCAAAGCAGAAGGUGAUCAUCGCUGACUGUGGGGAGUAUGUGUGAGAAGGCGCUUCCUGUGCUCCCCUCUCUUUGCUCUCGCCCCUGUGGGUCCAGGAGGGAGCUCCCAGCCUCAGCUGUUUGAAGUGGGCAGCGUUUGUGGUAUGACCCCUUCCUCGGGGUCGCUUUGGAGCAGCUCCUCUGCGGGCACAGGCUGGACUUUGUCCAGGUGUGGCUGUGGGCCCAGAGCCAGCAUGGGGGCCACCCUCCCCACCAUGGGCAGGCUGUGCACGAACACUGACUAUUCCUGGCACUUGCUGCUGAGUCUGUCCUGGGCUCAUGAACAUUUUCUUUGCUAAAAUAAAUCCUACUUCUUGUACCGCC